CGAAGGGGGAGACUGGGCCACUUUACUGCGCUCCUCGUGAUUACUGCAUGAUCUAUGAGCUGGAUAGUCAGUGUCCUUUCGCUUGCUGUCAUUUGACCAGCUCACACCUGCAAAUGCUGCGAUAAAAAGAUGCAAGACACUACUUUCUUAUGUCCCGUAUUCUAGAGUAAAUAAACUGGAGUCAAAACACAAAACACGAACAAAGUGAACUUUGUUAAGUGUCCUUAUUGCGUUAUCAGUUUGUAGGGCACCUAUAAUAGUAGCUAUUGAAGUGCUUUGGCUUUGGGGUAGUCUACUACCGGCUUGCGGGCUCUGGUCGCAGCCAUUGAGCGGAGCGAGCAGGAUUGGCCGCGCACCGGCAAUCCAACAGAGACGCAAUGGAAGCAGAAUCUGGACGGCUAAGCUCCACAGACGCGUCCCCAGGUGCCGCGGUCCAGCUGGUCAACACCGGCGCCAACGGUGCUAAGCUGCCCUCCAGUAGCAGCGCACACCAACCAGGAGCAGCAGCCGCAGCAGCAGCGGACCAGCUAGAUGGUGGGAAGCAGGACGCAGCGGCAGCAGCAGCCUCGGCGGCGGCGGGAUUGGGCGAGUUCCGAGAGGUGCAUGCACACACGGUGAAGCCGCUGGUCCGCAAGAACAUCCUCGUACGGGCGGCGGAGGCGGCUUUUGGUUGUGUACGACAUGGCGAGUUUGCGAGUAACGAAGUUCGUACGGCAAAGUACACAGUGCUCACCUUCCUCCCCGUCAACCUGUUUGAGCAGUUCAUGCGGGUGGCCAACCUCUACUUCCUCAUCACCGCCAUCCUGCAGCUCAUCCCCGGCCUGGCGCCCACCUCCUGGUUCACCACGGUGGCCCCGCUGGUCAUCGUGCUGUGCAUCAACGCAAUCAAGGAGAUUGUGGAUGACUACUACCGGCACCAGAGCGACAAGGACGUGAACGGUCGCACGGUGCUGGUGCUGGAGGAGGGCGGGCGGGAGACGGCGGUGGCGUGGAGGGAUCUGGCGGUGGGGGACAUUGUCAAGGUGGUCAACGAUACAGAGAUUCCAGCGGAUGUGGUCUUCUUGUCAUCCUCAGACGCAGCGAACAUAUGCUACGUGGAGACGGCGAACCUUGACGGCGAGACCAACCUGAAGCUCAAGAGCUGCUUCCCCCGCACCGCGGGGAAGCACAUGGCGGAUGAGUUCCAGGAGUUUGCGCAGGACUACACCGUCCGCUGUGAGCUGCCCAACCCCCAGCUCUACAAGUUUGACGGCGCAGUGGUGCGGCGGACCGACCCACGGGUCACUGGCGCCUCCUCCGCUGCCUCCCAGCUGCCUCUGACCGCCGACCAGCUGCUUCUCCGCGGCUGCACGCUGCGCAAGACGGACUGGGUGGUGGGGCUGGUGGUGUACACGGGAGUGGAGUCCAAGAUCAUGAUGAACCGCACACCCGCGCCCAGAAAGGUGACCCAGCUUGAGCGGCACAUGAACGUGCUGGUGCUGUCCAUGUUCCUGGUGCUGUUCGGCAUGGCGGCGCUCAUGUCCAUGGGCGAGCAGCUCUGGCAGCGGGCGCACGCGCACAAGGACUGGUACCUGGCCUUCCAGGGCAAAUACCCGGACUACUUCCCCAGCUUCAAGGGAUGGGUGCUGGGGGUAAUCCGGUGGGUCAUCCUGCUCAACGGAGUCAUCCCCAUCUCGCUGUACGUCACACUGGAGGUGGUCAAGGUGUUCCAGAGCAAGAUGCUGCUGGACAUGGACCGGCAGAUGUACCACAGCGACACCGACACGCCCUUCACCUGCCGUACAACCAACCUCAACGAGGAUCUGGGUCAGGUGCAGUACGUACUGACCGACAAGACGGGCACGCUCACGCAGAACGUGAUGGGCUUCGUGUGGAUGUCGGCGGGGGACACCAUAUACGGCAAGAAGAGCUGCAAGUCCCUUGGCCUGCCCACCCCCAGCCACAUCGACGAGGCCACCCCCCACUCCCUGGCCCUGGACCCCGACCUGAUUCGGGGGCUGGGGCUGGAUGUGGGGGUGCUGGGGCAGCAGCCCCCCUCCAAGUCCAACAAGAGCAUGCGCGGCCACGGAGCGGUGCUGCGCGCCGCCGCCACCGGUCCCCCCCAUCCCGAGCUGGAGCGGCUGCUGCUGAGCCUGGCGCUGUGCAACACGGUGGUGCCGGCCAUCAGCGAGGAGGGGCACUUCGUGUACCAGGCCUCCUCCCCCGACGAGGAGGCUCUUGUGACGGGCGCCGCCUUCCUGGGCUACCGGCUGUACAGCCGCAGCCAGGAGCGGGUGGUGGUGGAGGUGUUGAGGAGCGGGGAGAUGCUGGAGUUCGAGGUCCUGGCCGUGCUGGAGUUCAACGCGGACCGCAAGCGCAUGUCGCUGCUGGCCCGCUGCCCCGACGGCCGCAUCCGGCUGUUCUGCAAGGGCGCGGACACCAUGAUCAUGGCGCGCAUUACGCCCACGCAGCCGCGGACAACCAACGUGCGGAUGCACCUGGAGGAGAUGGCUCUGUCCGGCUACCGCACGCUGUGUGUUGCUGAGAAGGAGCUCAGCGAGGCGGCCUACCGCAAGUGGGAGGCGCAGUACCAGGCGGCGUGCGUGGCCAUGAGGGACCGCGACGCCAAGGUUGCUGACGCCAGCGAGGCCAUCGAGCGGGACAUGGAGCUGCUGGGGGCGACUGCAGUGGAGGACAAGCUGCAGGACGGUGUGCCCGAGGCCAUCCAGGCCAUGUUGGAUGCGGGCAUCGGGGUGUGGGUGCUGACGGGCGACAAGGUUGAGACCGCCAUCUCCAUCGCGCUGUCCUGCCGGCUGUUCAGUGAGGAGAUGGCGCUGGUGGAGCUGCGGGAGAGGGACCUGGAGGGGGCGGCGGAUGCGGCGGAUGAGGCAGCGAUCCUGCGCAGCAAGCAGGAGGAGGUCCACAUGGAGCAGACGCGGCUGCAGGCGGUUCACGGCGACAGCUGCGGCCCCAUGGUGGGGCUGGUGGUGGAGGGCGGUGCGCUGGCCCGCCUGCUGCAGCCGCACCACUCCGCGCAGCUGGUGGACCUGUGCAGCGGGUGCAGGAGCGUGGUGUGCUGCAGGGUCAGCCCCAUGCAGAAGGCGCUGGUUGUGAAGCUGGUCCAGCGGGAGCGCAAGGCGAUCGUGCUGGGUAUCGGGGACGGCGCCAACGACGUGAGCAUGAUCCAGGCGGCGCACAUCGGCUGCGGCAUCAGCGGGCGGGAGGGGCGGGCAGCGGUCAUGGCAUCGGACUACGCGUUUGCGCAGUUCAAGUACGUAGCCCGGCUGGUGUUGCUGCAUGGCCGCGCCGCCUACAAGCGCAACACGGAGGUGGUGUGGUACGCGUUCUACAAGAACUGGAUCUACAACAUGGUGCUGAUGUACUUUGGGUUCGUGACGGGCUUCUCCAGCCAGCCCCUCUUCACAACGGGUCUCAUCGCCGUCUUCAAUGUCUUCUUCACCGCAGCACCCACAGUGGCGUUUGCCGUGCUGGAGCAGGACCUGUCCAUGUCCACCAUCCUGUCCACCCCGCAGCUCUACUGCGAGACCAUGAGCGCCACUCGCCGGCAGUUCCUACUGGAGCAGCUGUGGUGGCUGGUGCUGGCCUCCUUCCACUCGCUCUGCAUCUUCUUCCUGCCCGUCUACUCCAUGACCACCCCCGGCAAGGACGGCCUAUUCGAGGACUGGGCCAUGGUGGGAGCAACCGUCUACACGGGCAUCGUUGUAACCGUCAACCUAAAGCUGGCCCUCCGCACCCGCUACUGGACGUGGGUGAACCACGUGUGCAUCUGGCUGUCCAUCGCCAUCUGGUGGCCCUACGUCAUCGGUUACUCGGCGGUGUUCCAGGUCAAGGCCAUGAGCAGUGUUGCCGACAUGGCUGGUGUGGCGCUGGGUAUGAUGUCGGGUCCGCGCUUCUGGCUGACCGCGGUGGUGCUGGCGCCCUGCAUGAGCCUGCUGCCGGACAUAACACACACCGCAUUCCAGAGGUACUUUGCACCCAAGCUGUUCCAGCUGUACCAGGAGGAGGAGCACCAGCGGGAGGUGGAUGCGGAGGUGUUUCGCAAGCUGGGCCUCUCCGCAGCCCCGCUGGGCCCGCCGCCCUCCUCCGUGGCGUCCGCGGGGGGCGGGGUGGUGGAGUCCUGCUCCGAACAAGCGUGACUGGCGGGCGGGCAGUCGAGCAGGGAAACCUACCGGGGGAAUGAAGCCGCGCCUGCAGCAGCUGCGGGUGGUACCGCUGCAACCGUUGACAACAGCUACAACACGCAACAAGGAUUAAGAACGCUAGCCACAACACAACGAGGGGAAAUUGCUACUGCUGGGGCUGCUGCUAGUGCUAAUGCUAGUGCUACCAGUUCUGCUGCUUCUAGUGCCACCGCUGUGCCCGUGUCCCAGGCGCCGCCGCCAAAGGUCAUCACCCUGGGCAGUCGUUCCGCGCAAGCACCGUCUGCCGUGAGCCGGGCGCUCGCUUGGGUGUGAAGGGAAGGGCAACAUGUGGGGCAUCAAGAGGCACCCUGCUGGGUGCACCCGUACGUGUGUCUGCCGGCACGUGUAAACACGCAGUGAGCAGCAUGCAGGUCUCACCAGGGGAGCUGCUGCGUGUUUUGUUAACAGCGGGGUGUGCUAACAGGCAGUAGCGGUGGGGAUGCUCUCAAACGCAAAUGUAGGUGCGGGCCUGCCGCCUCACAUUCGCGGGACACAUGCACACACAUGGGCGGCAUGCGGGGUACGGGAAAUGCACUUGGUAGGGGAGGGGUCGUGUACAGUUUCACUCGUUGUUGUGCUGUUGCAAAAAAGCGUGUGUCCAUGGAUGCGUUGUGGUAGUGUGCUUGUGACGGGGCUGCUCAGGUGCUGCGGCUUCACGUUGGGGGUGUUGGUUCUUCCUGCUGCAGCGUGUGUGAGAGCGCAUGUAUGUGGUGUGUGCUAGCGUGAUCUGAUGAGGGGACUUCGUGUCAUGUGCCAUCCGGCAGAUGCCGCGUUUUCGGUGGCGUGGUUACCUGGCACGGCGUGUGGUGUGGAGUGCGAAGUGCACACGUGCGUGGUGUGCGAACGUGCGAUGCAAGGCAGCAUGUGGAAGGAGGGAGUCAUCAUGAGAGGUCACGAAGCACGCAUGGCGCUGCAGAGGGGAACAACACAGGUAGGUGUUUCGUUCGAUUGCCCGCAUACAGUAUACAUGGAACGUGAGGAGGUGGAGGAGCGCGAUGCUUACGAUUGGGGUGUUGCUGAACACGUCCAGUGCUUUUCUUUUGCCUCGAUUCGAGGGGUUACCUGUAGCGUGAUGCGGCGGAGUGGGGGCACGGUGUAAGCGGCCGAGAGGGGCUGACUGACAUCGCCGUGUUGGUGUGUGACUCUCGACGCCGUGUGAUUCGCUGAUUCCACUUUUGCGGGUACCACAAGAUACCACAAGAGCUCCCCAGGAUGUGAGGAACUGGGCGGCCGGUGUAGUCCAUGGUCUGUGUCAGCGAGGCGUUUCUUUCUCCUUGUUCUCGUUUCUUUUCUGUAUUUGGUGCCACAUGGGCGCUUUUACACCUAACAUGGACUUGAACCUCUGCGACGUUUGGCUUUUGCAACGGAGCGACAGCACGCGGGGUUACUGUGGUUGCCGGCGGUAGCUGCGAAGCCAGGGUGCGCGGUGCAGGCGGGCUGGGCCGCUUGACAUCCAAAAUGGGUGUUGGCUAUUGCAUGUAUGUAUAGUGGGCGUUUGAGCCUAGGUCCCGAACCCCUGGCAUGAAUGCUUUCAUUACGCGCAAUGAGAAGCACAGAGCUUCAAGCAAUACAACGUGGGCGUGAUUUCAACCGGUAACCUAUACGUGGCAGCCCUAUGCUGGCGCGCACAGUUGAAAGGAGGGAGCAGAGACGGGGGCCGGAAGGAGGGGAGCUACAUGGCUUGGGGCGCCAGCCUCGGGGGUGUGCUUAAGCUGAUUGGGGUGGCCGAGGGGUAAGCUAAUUCACAGCUUACACGGUGGCUCAGCUUGGGUUUGCAUGUUUGAACAAACGUGGCUAGGAGGUUAUAGGUCCUGGAAGGUCAUGGGGCCUCUUUUUGAAUAUGUACAGGCAUUGUUAAUUUGUUAUAAAGGUACAGUCAUGGCGAUUGGCCGCUUCGGUGAUUACCCUCACCUCCCUAGUGUCCUAGUAUCUCCUGAGGUGUGGAAUACGGUUAAGCAUCUAGUCAAGGUCCAGGAAGGAGAGGGAAGUGCCAGGCUAAUUGGAAGAGCGUAACUGACUAAUCUGAGGUUUAUUUCAGUGGUGUGUGUGGUGAUAGUGGUGAUGAUGGUGAAUGGCCAACGCACAGCCAAGGUGGCACGACGGUUGGCACCGCCGCGAAACGAAAUCAUGCAUCAUCAAAAUUGCUCCGUCCUGCGUCAUCGCAAAAGAGCAACACGUUUUGGCCUGCAAUGGCCAAAACACCGUACGGCACCCUGGCACGGUGACCGAAGCAACGACAUCACAAUGGCCAUGCAUCUUGUAAGGCUAUGGAGGCUA